ACAGACAGUUCAGUUCAAUUUUGUUCAGUUGCCGCCUGUCGCUCGUACCGUUUGGAUGUUCGCGCGAAACCUUCCUGGAAGGAGCUGCUUCCUCGGUGGAGAUCAGUAGAACUAGUAGUAGCAGCAGCAGUAGUAGUUGGUUGGUUUGGUUAGUGCAGAGUAUAAGAAAAAGCUGGUGCCCCCGGGAAGAGGUAACAACUUCACAUGGGGGAAAAAGUGCAUGUGUGGGCUAUCGAAGGUCCUAGGAUCUAGACUCCGUCGCCAAGUGUCGUGUUGCGUUUUUCCCGCAGCAAGGUUAAAGAUCUGAAGUUCAAUGAUCUGAUUUCUGCAGUCGGUGAAUUGCUCGGGUUAAGGGUGAAAGGAAAUUCGAGUGAGAGAACGAUCUGGUCCUUCGACAACGUCGAGAGGUCAUUCUAUUUCAGUCUACAUCAGGUGCAUCCUUCAAUCGUCGGGGAGCGAAUUUUGAUCGAAGAGUGCGUGGCCACUUGAAAAUCUAGCUGGAUAUUUUGCAUGGCCAACUAUGUGAAAAGUGGUGGCGUGUCAGGUAGUAUCUAGUUCUAGUCGUUCAGCGGUUGCUUCGAUUACCAAACGACAUCCUCCCGACAUAUCAUAGCUCAGAGCCAAGUCGGAGCCAGAGUCAGUGGCUGCCUAAUGUUUGAAAUACAAACCGUUUUUUAAAGUGCUAAACUAAGCAUGAAAUCGGAUUCAUCAUCAACAAAAGGUGUAAACUGUGUGUGUCGUGUGGCUGAAUUGUGUGGAGGGAAAUCUGAUAGCCAGAUGUUCUGCUAAGUUUUGCCAGUUUCAAUAGUAAAUAAAUCUCCUCCGUAGCUUGUGUUGGUGGUUCCCGGAUAGUUUAUUUUUCGUUCCAUUCCCUUACAAUUUAAACCCACUGGGCGAAAUGUUUCAAAGUUGCUCACAGAAAUGAAACGAAAAGUUGUUGAUUAGCUGUCAAUGAAACCGGGUGUGGUUGAGCAAUAAAACAACCGAUAAUAUGCAAUACGGUUACAGGUUCAGAAGCAUUCUUCCCCGCAAGUUUUUUCGUUAGCUUCGUGUAUACAAAACAAGAAUCAGAUAUUGUUGUAUCGAGUCGAGAAAAUGCAACGCUCGUAAAAAUAGUGUGAACCUCAUCCAGCUAAGCCAAGCAUUCAAAUAUCUACUUAGAGAAGCGUUCCACGAGUGAGUGCUAAAACGGCAAUAAACUUUGGAUCACAAAGUGCAUUCUCUUUACCGUCUUUAAAUUAGUAACGUGUGUGCUAAGGUGGAAUGGAAGCCAUCCGAUCGAAAACUAAAGGCAACAGGCAGCAACAACAACAAUCGCUUAGUAGGCCACGAUCGAAAUGUCAUCCCAAAGGUGUUUUCCUCCAUCGUCAACAUCAUCUGUGAAAAACUGUAAAGAACGAGAGGUGAAUGAAAUAGCUUAUCGUCGAAGUAGUGAGCCUCGCUGAAAAGGUGGUUCCAAUAAACAGCAUCCGCCAAGUGUUCAGCAACAACGUUUUUCCACAAAAAUUUAAAUCGACUUUGUGUGCAGCUUUUAGACAGAUUGACAUCGCAGCAGGCAGGCAAUCAAAGUGACCGGCAAAACAACAACAACAGCAUUUGUAGCGAAGUCGACGCGCCGCGUUGGCUUGUUUCAUUCGUGAAAAAUUCAAAUCCGGCCAAAAGUGAGUGAAAGUUGAAACAAAAGUGAAAAGUUUCGUCCUAUCCAACCGGAAGCUUAAAAUCGCGGGGAGUUGAAUUGAGGUCAACGGCUGCUGCUAAUGGGAAGAACAAGAAGGAGCGCGUCAGAGCGGGUCAGUUCCGAUUUCCACCAUCGAGUUUGUGUGAAAUUUCUGCUACGCUAUCAGAACAGUGAAAAGUGAUCAAACGAAGAAGCUAAUCAGAGAAAAAAAUGGCCAACUGAAACAGUCACAGUAGUGAUUUGUGUCGGUAAUAAAAGGAAGAAAGUAAUUAAAAAAUGUAAUACCAGCAGCAGUUGGGUGGUCAUUAAAAGGUCACGGAAAAGCUUGUUUCACCGAAAAAUAAAUAAAGUCUCUAUUAGAAGAAAGAAACAACCCAACAAUAGAACACAGUUCUGUGACAUUGUAUCGAAUGUGAAUCCGAAAUCGCGUAGUGAAGAAGAGGCUGAAUGGCGGCUUCUGCAAGGCAACGCUUGCUGCGCUUUUCUCGCCACCAUUUUAGUAGUCGUCGUAGUAGGCCGGUUAUUAGUUCCCAUGGUUUCCGAAAUUCGUUCCAUGGCGGUAGUGUUUCUUCAUUGGCAGAAGAAGUAAAUCCACUAGGUUUUCCAGUUGUUGUUGUUGUUGGUCGCCAGGAGCGACGGCGACCCGGUCAACGGCGACGACUUUCGGCCCCGCAAAAUGGCUAGAAUCUGCCCUGGAGCCGGAUUUAUCACCAAAGUACGAAUCAGAACACGCACCCGGGCCAGAAUCAGAAGACGCAGAAGAAACUUUCGAACGACGACGAAUAUACAGUGGCAGGUUGUGGUGAGAUUGCUAGGGCGAAUUGAAACGAAGAAGCGUCAUUCGCGAAGAAAAAUUGCAACCAGUGGAAGCCGGAACGUAGAAGAUCGACUGCUGCCUCGGUCAUUGAAUGCUGCGAUCGCAAGUGAUGGUUCCGAACUGAAGCGGCAACAUCGAGCAGCAGCAACCGGUGCCACGUGGAUAAACGACGGCGACGACGACGUUUCGUUAAAGUGUCGGCUUCGAACUACUCCUCCAGUGUUGCCAGCAUCGUAAUUGCAAUAAUCGUUCCAAAAAAGUGUGCAAAGCAGACGGAAACACACAACACAAAAAACAACCAAAACGAAACUAGAGGCAGGAUAAAUUUUACCCGAAAAAAAUACAUAGUAUUAAACCAUAAGUAGCGCUAGUCCCGAUUAGAGUGUACGUGUGGAUAUUCUCGUUAAAACCUACGUGUUAUUCCGCUACUUUUAUCGCUAUUAUUAUCAUCGCGUGUGUAGUUGACAAAUCUAGAAGAGAGAGAGAGAGAUUGUGUGCGUCUGAGAAAGUGAGGGAGCGAAAGUGAGAGCUGAAGGGAAACCAAGAUGAAUGCCACCCAGUGCGAUUCGAUGAUUGCGUCGGUCGAGUGGACUGAACCGCGCAAAAUACUGCUGCUGGCGAUACUUAUCUUCAUCGAUAUCCUGGUCAUCGUCGGCAAUACGCUGGUGGUGGCCGCCGUCACCAGCUCGCACAAGCUCCGGAGUGUAACCAAUUUUUUCAUCGUUAGUCUAGCAGUUGCCGAUCUGUUGGUCGGAAUAGCCGUAUUGCCGUUUUCGGCCACCUGGGAGGUGUUCAAGGUAUGGAUCUUCGGGAACGUCUGGUGCCGCGUGUGGCUCGCCGUCGACGUCUGGAUGUGCACCGCGUCGAUACUGAACCUGUGUGCGAUCUCGCUCGAUCGCUACGUCGCCGUGACGCGUCCCGUCACCUACCCGAGCAUCAUGUCCACCGGGCGGGCCAAGUCGCUCAUCGCCGGGCUGUGGGUGUUGUCCUUUGUGAUCUGCUUCCCGCCGCUGGUCGGGUGGAAGGAGCAGAAAGUGAAAGAGAACCUAUUAUAUCAGUAUGGAAAUCACACGCCAUCGUCAUCGUUACCGGCGUCGGUUUCGACAGUGCCUACUUCGAUGCUGUCAGCCAACGCUUCCCCAUCCUCCUCUUCAUUCUCUAGCAAUCCGUAUUCGUCGUACUCAUCGUCAUCAUCACCUACGCAUUCGUCGCCAUUGUCAGCCUUUGUGUCUUCAUCAUCGUCUUCAUCGUCAACGCCAUGGCCACCAGACGAUGGCGGGUACUCGUCGAUGCCGCCCGGCUUUCUAGACGAUCUGGAGGAACUGGCCGGGGCCGCCGCCGCAUCUCCGCUGCCGGUGUCCUGUCCCUGGACCUGUGAACUGACCAACGACGCAGGCUACGUCGUCUAUUCGGCUCUCGGCUCCUUCUACAUUCCCAUGUUCGUUAUGCUGUUCUUCUACUGGCGCAUCUAUCGGGCGGCCGAGCGCACAACCCGUGCCAUCAAUCAGGGAUUUCGGACCACCAAAGGUGGCAAGAAGAACAACUUCGACGACAGCUUAACGUUGCGGAUGCAUCGGGGCAAGGGCGUCGGAGCGCUGAUGGCGUCGACCAUGCGAACGCACAACAUGCUCAUUGAGGGAGCGGUGCCACCCAAUAACAAUGGAGCGGGAGCAUCAUCCAGUGGCGGAGGCGGCGGUGGAAGUGGAGGAGGUGCCAACCCACAGAUCUCGAUAUCAUGCCCCAGUGGGAACACUUCACAUUUAACCAGUCCGACGGUUUCGCUCAACUCCACCAUGCAGAUCAGCCUGUCGUCAUCGCAGCACAACGGAAGUCAACGGCACGGGUUGCGUGAUUCGCGGCGGAAAUCCGUGUUCAAGGAGGCUCCCGGGGGUAUCUCCCGGGAUUUGUCCCCGAAUUCUUCCAAAAAGUUGGGCAAAAAACACCUCAAGGUGCAGGUCAAACGCUUCCGCAUGGAAACGAAAGCAGCCAAAACGUUAGCCAUCAUAGUAGGCGGGUUCAUCAUCUGCUGGCUGCCGUUCUUCACCAUGUACCUCAUCAGAGCCUUCUGCGAUGACUGCAUCAACGAUACCCUGUUUUCGAUACUCUUCUGGCUGGGCUACUGUAAUUCGGCCGUCAAUCCGUUCAUCUACGCCCUAUUUUCGCGGGACUUUCGGCAGGCGUUCAAACGAAUCAUCAUGCGGUGUUUCUGCUGGAGGCGGUUCAAAAUCAAUCUGCUCAAGAAAUCUUCCACGACCCAGCACACAAACAAUCACAGCUACAGCCCGUCGGCAUUCACUCCGCUGGCCUCGACGCCCCGCACCGAGCUCGAUAGUUCCGUGUUCAGAUGACGGUCGUUUAGUUCGCUGGAACCACCGACGCCACCGACGUCGUUUGCCGGAAGCAGCGGUCCGGGAGGUGGAACCAAACGGAACCCGCUGCUGCGGUCAACUUCGGUGCGAACCACCUCGACCUCAUCGUACAGCGCCAUCAUCGAGUACAAGGAGCUGCCGACGACGGCGAUCUCAACCCGCCACCACCAGCACCAGGGCGGAGGCAGCAGUGGAACGACACGGGUUAUUUCCGAGGAGGAACAAACCAACGAAACCGAUCAGACGGAACCACCGGCUGGUUGUUCCGCCAUAUCGGGAGCCGGAACAAGUGCCAAGUCGACGACGGUAGUACAUGGCAGUGACGGAACCAAGUCGAUUACCAGCGUGUAAUGGUCGCCGCUUGAUGAUGGUUCAAGGAAGGUCGGACGAAUCGACGGCUUGCCGGAAGCAGGUUGACUCACUGAGGAUAUACGGGGUUUGAAAUCGCAAUAACAUUUUAUCCUUUCACCUCGGAAAGAAGCUACCAUCCUAGUCCACUUCCGCCAACCAUUGUAAACUUGAACAGCAAAUUUCUACCAUGGAAGACUCAAUCUGACAGAUCUUGCUAGCAGGGAUUCUGCACAACAAUAUCGUUUUUGAUGGAAAGGCAAGUUUCACGACCCGUCCCGCAAGUCAAAGUUCAUUGGUACCCGCCUGUGUCUGUAAAAGACAGGGUAUGUACAGUGGGGUCUAUGUGAUUUAUCUAUGGGUGGGGACAAUUUUCCCGUAUACGCAUAAUUUUCCCGUAUGUUUGGAAAACGUGCUAGCGGCCUACCAACCCCCACCUCCCCCCCCCAUUCUGAGGGUCUAUGUGGUUUAUCUAUGGGUAGGGACAAUCAAAAACUUUAGUAUUAGUUCGUUGCAUCCAUACAGUUGUUUAUGUACGAUUGUGAGUUAACGCGACGACAUCGCGUAGUCAAGUAUUAUGCGUCCAAAUGUAGUCAUAGAAACUUAUUUGGAGGAAUGUUCGGGACGCAAAUAAAGUUGUUUUUCAAUUAGAACUCAUAGCGUUGCCAUGCUACGCGUCAGGAAGAAAAAGCGUAAAUAGAAGAGUGCUUUGAGCGUGAUUUUUUAAAUAACAUGAAACGUUCCAUUUCGCCGAUGAAUCGCGGCUUUAACAUCAGGGUGCUCAUGAACGUUUGUGACGAAGCAAUCAAUAUAUUGAAAUUUAUAUAUAAAAAUUAUCAAACUCGUGCGAGGGUAAUCUUGUCCCCAGCUAUAGAUAAACCACAUAGCAAUAGGGUGCCAGCCAAUAUCAUGUGGAAUUUCGCAAACCAACCAUAUACAUUUUGUAGGUUAGGCCAAGAAACUGAUCUGUGCAAAAAUCCAGCUCAAUCAGACUUGAUUGAGGGGUGUCUCAAAGCGCUCAAAUUUUCGGUUUUUUGACCCUCAAAGAUUUUGGCCAAAAAUAGACUUUAACAUUUCAAAAAUCACGUAAGGUGGGACCACAGGUAUUAGGAAAAAUCGAAAUUUUAGUUUUGAUGCCAAAUGACUUAAAAAAACAUGAAACGUCGAAAUCUGGCGUUAUCUUGAAAGAAAAAAAAUUUUUAGCCAAAAAUCAACUUUCUGAAACGAAAAUCGGGCGGUUUUCCGAAAAAAAAACCAAUGUCUUAAAAAGUCGAUUUUUGCCAAAAAAAAUGUUUGAGAUAACAUCAGAUCUCGAUGUUGGGGCACGCGAGGGACUUAACGCAACUACUGGUGGUAUUUUCCGAUCUCGGAAUAACCCUUUCCCAACAAUGUCCAUUACGGAGUAGUUCAAGUCUUAUUUCCGCGGCUUCGAUCAUUGGGAAAAUGCGCUAUUCAGAUACUCCCCGAAGGUGGAGCAUCCUACGCACGAACGCGGCGUACCUACGGCAUCCGUUACACAUAAGAUGUUACCUAAUCUUUGUAUCUUAUAACCGUGGGAUCGGACGCACUUAACUCGACAGUCACCCCCCCUCGAUGGGUCAGUCUACUCCGACCGUUUUCCGGUCUUUUUUUGUGCAGAAUUGAGAGCAGCUUUUCCUGGACUUGCUCCGGUCACAGCACACGUUCGAGACAUUGAACGAUACGACUCGGAUGUUUCCCAGAGGUGACGACUCAAGAGGCUCGCCAAGCAUCGAGAGACUCUCUACCCGUAAGCCACCAUCCUACAAGAUCCGCUGCGAAAAAGGUCUCGUCACAUCCCCGCAGAUUCUCCCGUAGGAAGCGACACUGAUCGGAUACUCCGGAUACACGUUCGCGGCCUACCCAUGACCUCCACUACGCAGCAGAUGAUGCCUUAUCUUUGUAGCUUCAAUCAUGGGAUCGGACGCACUCUUUUCAGAUGCUCCCCGGUGAUGUAGUCAUCCUAUACCGCUCGCGAACUGCUGUUACCAAGUACUUCCUCUGUACCACGUUAUCAACCGUUAUGUCAGGUCCACAGGCGGCAAGGCAGCGCUUCGAACCUUAGACAAACGAACUUCUGUUCUGAUGUGUCAUCUGUGUCCCCACAGAUACCUCCUGAAGCAUCCGUGACCUGUUCGGAACUGUGUCAUGUGAAAGUCCACUUCAUCCUGUUUUCGCCCUAGCAAGCUAUUUAUAUACGGAAUCAGACGAUGGGUUUAUCUACCUCUCGCUAAGUUGUCUCACAGCUACCCCAGUUAUUUUUCAAUGUUUUUCAAAACGACAGCAUUAAAAAUACAUAAUAUACUCUAAACUUUUUCUGCUGAAACUUCCUAGCAAAUACUCAAUGGAUAGUUUUCUAUAGCUUUUUUUCGUGACGGGAUUUUGUGUAGGACACUUCUUACUCGUUCAAAUUUCGCUCACGAGCAUCGGAAUUGGGAACGCCCAAAACACUCUAGAACAUCCUGGAAUUCGAUACGAUAAACAGGUACCGUUGACUCUCAUUUUUAAAAAACCUCUUAUGUCUCCAAGUUUCAUCUGUGGGCAUGUGACCUUCAUCCCGUUCAUGACUUCUUUAAGACUCUCCGUUGAAUAGAAAACCAUCCAUAUAAUUUUUUUUUUAUUUUCGUAGUAUUCCGUCUCACGACAUAACUUGACGAACAUAAUUCCUAAAACUCAUUCUGUUCAUGGCAGCCGUUCUCCAAUUUCUCAGACAUCCCACAUUCGCCAGAUCACGCUCUUCUUGGUCUAACCAUCUCGCUCGUUGCGACCCUGCUCGUCUCGUUCCUACAGGAUUCGUAGCAAACACCUGUUUUGCACAGAACAGUCGUCCGGCAUUCCCGCAACAUGUCCUGCCGAGCGUAUCCGGCCUGCCUUAACCACCUUCUGGACACUGGAAUCGCCGUAGAGUCGCGCGAGCUAAUGAUUCAUCCUUCGCCUCCACACUCCAUCCUCCUGCACGCGCCGCCAAAGAUGGUUCUUAACACUAGUCGCUCGAAUACUCCGAGUGUGCGCAGGUCCUUCUCGAGCAAUAUCCAUGUCUCGUGCCCGUAGAGAUCAACCUGUCUAAUGAGCGUCAUAUACAGGUUACACUUCGUGCGAAGGCUAAGUCUUCUCGACCGCAGUUGCUUGUGGAGUCCAUAGUAGGCACGACUUCCGGAAAUUCUGGAAGUUCCGCUGAUAAUUCGCUGCCGGAUCUCGCGGCUGGUGUCAUUGUCUGCGGUCACCAGUGAGCCGAGAUAGGUUCCGUCAGUCUCGAAUCCGCAGACCAGUAUGUACUUCGUCUUGCACGUAUAAAUAAAUCAUCAACCCAAUCCUUCCUGCUUCGCGUUUCAGUUUACGAUAGAUCUCCACCGCCGCAGAUGAUCUGCCGCCUAUAUCAAUGUCAUCGGUUCAUCAAGGUUCAAAAAUACGUUUUUUGAUAACAGCAUGAUUUAAAAACCUUUUUAUCAAUUCGAGAAUUCAGAUAAACGUAUUAAAAAACAAUCACUCGAUGCGUUCACUUUCCGUCUCAAGUACUCUCUCCAGGCGAGAUCGGAAUCGGGAGCAUACCUUCGCAAUAUAAGCCUUUGAUAUUAGACUGAGUCGAUUUGGGGUCAUUUUUAAAUUUCUCAAAUCCUGGAGUCUAAAAAACUUCUUUUUGAUUCAGAACUCAUCUAUGUUUUCUUGCAGAAUUUUUAAAUAACAUUCACAUGAGUAAGUUUGAACUUUUAUGUUGGUAUGAGAAAAUGGUUCCUUCUGUAGAACCGAGCCUGUUAAUGGUUCUUGUGCCAAUUUAUAAAUUCUUUGAAGGAAAUUUUACGCUGAACAACUUUGUCAAAGACUAUAACUUCGGAUCUUAUUAGACAAGCAAGUUUUUUGCUUAUUGACAGGAGAAUGUUUUUUGGCAUUGAAAAACAAAAGAAAACAAUUGACAUCACUGCUAAUACCUCGCAAAGUAUUGCAUGACAAGUAGUCAUGCAAUACCUUGCUAGGCGACCAGCAGUGAUGUCAAUGAAUUUGUUGUUUUUUCAAUGCUGACAUGCCCUCAUUCAACACCUAAUAAUUUAUUUGUCCAAUAAGAUACAAAGUAACAAUCUUCCACAGAGUUGUUAAGCGGAAAAUUUCUUGCAGAAAAUUUAAAAAUUGGCACAAAAACCAUUAACAGGCUCAGUUUCACAGAAGAAACAAAAAUGAUGUUGAUUUGUCAGUACAAAAUAUUCAAUUUUCCCAUAAAAACAUAAAAGUUCAAAUUUACUCAUGUGAACGUUAGUUUAAAAUUCAGCAAAAAAUCAUGGAUGAGUUUUGAACCAAAACGAAGCAUUUCAGACCCCACGAUUUUAGAAUUCCAAAAAAGACCCCAAAUCGACUCAAUCUACUUUGACAUUGAUGAUUCAGAGAUGAAAGCCUUCAGAGAAUCAAAACUUGGGUGAGAGGAUCCAUUUGCCUAUACGCCCAUAUAAAACAGUCGAGCGAGGCCAAAACUUCAUAUUCUCCGUCGGAUCAGGUUUGAUAUCGUUUCAAGGUAUGGCAAGGAGCUCCAUCUUGUUGGAAAACAAUAUUUUCUGGUUCACCGAAGUUCGCUCGAAUUCACGGAAUAAUCUGAUUCUUCAAAAUGUAUUAACUUUUACUCCAGAAUUUAUAAAAACAGGAGGCAUCUUCAAUCCAUUCGAAGCCACCGCUCCAAAUACCAUGAUUCCUUGAAGGGUGAAAUAUACCGAUCCGUACCUGAAUUGGACAUCGGAUCAAUCGAAAAAAGUUUCUUGUCUGAGAACACGACGACCUGCUGCUGCUUUUUCAACUUAUACAGCAAUCGCUUCGAAUGAUCAAGUCCCAGUACUUCAGAAUUUGAGAUAGUCUUUCCCUUAGCCAACCUCCAGAUUGAUCUUAUUGGGUUCGCAUCAUUUUCGUCUUGACCGAUUUUGCUUCUUUUACAGUGCGUGAGGACCGUAGCCUUCCACUAUCUGGCUUUCUAGGACAUGGUCCACUAGAUAGCAUCCUACAGCCGCCGCAACUUCCUUGGGCCUUAAGCAAACUAGUCACAACAUUUUUUGCGUAAAUCUUGUCGAUGUAGCGGAUACUGUUCUUCUGCAUUUUUUACGUUAAUUGACUAAUAAGCUUCGAAAAAAAUCCCUCAAAAAUCGCGUAUCAAACUCUCAAUUUGAAGAGUUGUGCUUGUGAGUAGUUCGAAGUCCAGACUUUUGUACAAGAAACACUGAGUCAAAGAAGCACUUGGUUGCCUACCCUGUAGGCGUUUAUUUAAGCCCCGUACAAUCAUUAGUGAGUCUUCGUCGCGUUCUGGAAAUGAUAAGAAACAAAGCUUUCCAUGUAGAUGAUUGAAAAUAAAAGUCAACAAAAACAAACAAAAGAAAACAGCAGCGUUUCAACUGCAACAGGGUAUUAGCGAUGUAAGCGAUAUUGUAAUGUUAUCCUGUAAGUCAUUUGUCUAAUAAAAAAGAUGAAAAUUGUAGCAUUUAUAAUCACUACUUUCGGUAUGUCAAAAAUCACAAGGGUUACUUGGAUGAUUGGCCGUUCGUUUCCGAAAGGUGGUGGUAAAAAAAAGAAAAUUCGCGAUAGGAAAAUUCAUGUUAAACAUACAAAACACACGAGUGUACAUCUAGUUGUUGAUAGUUUCUAAGGUUGUUGUGUGUUGAUAGAGGGCGGGAGUUUUUCACCAGUGAAAUAAAAAAAAGAUUUGUACAUAAAAGAAAAAGAAAGUAUUUGAAAGCAUUACUCCUCGUUGGUAACAAUCAAUCAUCAAUGUCAAACACUUGAGAUAAGUUAGGUAAGCGCUAAGCAAUGAACUAGGGGAGAGUAAAGAUUUUGAUAAGCGAAUAUGGAAAUGGUAGGAAAAAACGUAUUUAUCUAUCUGCCUAGUAGUGUGAGGGCCAUGUUAGCUCUCUGUGGUCAGUCGAGUGAAAUUUUCAAGAGACCGGUAACAUGAAUCACAAAAAAAGAGACUAACAACCACUGAUAAUCAACUUCGAAGCAUUAAUAGAACAAGCACAGGAUAAUUUAGAAUCUAGCUAAAAGUAAAAACCAAAAUAGCAAGGCAAAGCAAACCAAACAAAAACAACAAACAAAUCAAGUGAGAUUGUAAACAAAUCAAUAAAUAGUGAGCCAUGAAAUUUGUCAGAUAAAAUAAAAAAGGAGGAAAAAAUAAACCAAGAAACAAUAAAGAGAAUAUCUAAACAUAUUAAAGCAAAAAAAAAAGAAGAAAAAAACACAUGAAGUGGAAACCGUAAUACAUGUAUGAAAAGUGCCAUUUUUAUAACGAAGAAAAACAAACAAACAUUGAUACUGAUUGUGAACGAUUGUGUAGUGUGUGAUCUUCGACUGUAGAGUUGAUUUAAGGGGGAUAGUGGAAAAGCAAAUUUGCAAAGUGUACAGACACUCAACAAAAAAAAAGGCAGUAGGUAAUUAAGGCAAGCCCGUUUAACAGUAAUUUCCCGUUAAGUACUAAGCUGUAGAUAACACAGAAACACAACUAUAUUCGUAUUGAGGUGUUUUACAACAAUCGCAAAUAAGAGAUAUUGUGUACUAACAGAGCUGCGACUGAUUAUGAAAAAAACAAAAUUAAAUCUAGUCCAUCGGUCCGUUCCGGGAUGCAAAGAUGGCAAACAACAUUAGAAUAAGAAAACCGAUAUAAAUUUAUAGUUAAGAUCAAAAGCCAGUGCCACACUCAAAGUAGGCCAUACAUACCGUGUGGUGCGUGUUUAUGAAUCUGUCACAAACCAUCUCGCCUACUUUCUUCAUCUUCCACGGAAAGUACGCGUCGAUGUUUUCGAUUUUUGUUUCCCCUGACCAACAGAUACUAGUAAAUGUGUGCAAAAAAACAAACAAAACUACAUAAUCCACCCUAGGCUUAACAAAAAGUAUCAACAACAUUUCCAUUUGAGGUUGAAACUGUAACUAUGGUUACGAUGUGUUUAUCAUAAUCAUUAUUGUUAUCGCUUUUCGGAUAGAGCAUUCCCAACAUUCCACACGACAACAGUGAUGACACAAAAAACGAAAUGUAUUAUUUUUAAACUUUUAUUAUUUUUAAUGAAAAAAUGUAAAAAAAAAGAUUAUCUCCAAAAGAGCGUGUUUCGCAGAACCGAAAAAAGCAAAACUUGAUGUCAAGAUAAAUAAAGAAAAACAGAAACAUGAAGAAAAUAAAAACUAGUUGGCUAAACUGUUGAAUUA